AUGGCUCCCUCCACUAGACCUACACUGAACAGAAAUGAGUCAAUGCAGAAAUAUAUUCUGCUCGCAGCUCAGAAAGAAGCUGUUCAACGUCGAAUAUCAAUGUCCAUCCCGUUUGGUCUACCGAUGUCGACAUCUUCACCUGAAUUUCAGUCACUGUCAUCAUCGCCUGUAUCGCCGACGGAUUCCACUUCGACGUAUCCAACAGCCACUGAGCCAGUCCCCACGAGAUCGAGCACAGCAGCCCAGAUGAGCGUUGAUGACCUAAAUACCGACGAAUCCCACAAGCUCUACGAGAUCAACCAGCAAAUCGUAGCAACACUCAUGGAGUUGCUCAACACCGACGCCGUCAAGACUGACCCACAAUACCGUGCCUUCAUACAGGAGAAGCUUAUGGAGUCUGAACACCAUAUUCGCCAACAAAGACGCCGACACUCUUCCAAUGCCGAGCGAGACCAUGCAUCCUCCAUUGCCCACCAUUUAGAACUUGGUCUCAAUGCUUCCAAGACUUGGACCUAA